AUGGAUAAAAGUGGGAUGCAUGCUUCUCGGAUUAGUAGGGAAUAUGAUGACGAAGUUAAAGAAUUUUUGGACUUUGCAAAACGCAGUCUUCCGAAUAAUAAUGGGAGGUUUUUUUGUCCUUGUAAGAAGUGUUGCAAUUUAACAAAAUUAAGUGCAAAUGACAUAUAUGAUCAUCUAAUUUGUGAUGGAAUUAAUCUAAGUUAUACAAAAUGGAUAUGGCAUGGUGAAGGGGGGGAAAGAACUAGUACAUCUAACACUUAUGUUGACAACGAAGCAAAUGAAGAUGAUGAGUCUGAAGAUCGGUUGGAUGAAAUGUUUCGCGAUGUUGGAGAAGAGUUCGCUGAUCGAUCAAAUGAGUUAGAUGAAUUAUUAAGUGAUUCAAAACAACCUUUAUGGCCAGGGUGUAGUAAAUAUACUCGGUUAUCUGCUGUUCUGAAAUUAUUCAAUUUAAAAGCUGGAAAUGGAUGGAGCGACAAGAGUUUUACAGCUUUACUUGGGUUAUUAAAAGAUAUGCUUCCAGAAGAUAAUGAACUUCCAAAGAAUACAUAUGAUGCCAAGAAAAUUCUGUGUCCCAUGGGUAUGGAGUAUGAAAAGAUACAUGCUUGUCCUAACGAUUGCAUAUUAUUUAGGAAUGAUUACAAAGAAUUGCAUGCAUGUCCAAUCUGUGGGGCAUCUCGGUACAAACCAAGAGAGCAUGUUGUUGGUAAUGCAAGUUUAAAAGGGCCACCAGCUAAAGUUUUGUGGUAUAUCCCAAUUGUUCCAAGAUUUAAGCGUUUGUUUUCAAAUCCAAGUGACGCGAAAAACUUAACAUGGCAUGUAGAUAAAAGAAUAUCUGAUGGAAAGCUUCGUCACCCUGCUGAUUCUCCUCAAUGGAAAACUUUUGAUAAUGCUUUUCCUGAAUUUGGCCAUGAGUCUAGAAAUCUUAGACUUGGACUUUGUACUGAUGGAAUAAACCGUCACGGAAACCUAAGUAGUAAGCAUAGCUCGUGGCCAGUAAUGUUGGUGAUUUAUAAUCUACCUCCUUGGUUGUGCAUGAAACGCAAAUAUAUAUUAUUGUGUUUGAUGAUAUCUGGUCCAAAACAACCAGGUAAUGAUAUAGAUGUCUUUUUGGCACCUUUGGUUGAAGAUUUGAAAAAAUUGUGGGAUGAAGGUGUGAUAGUGUUUGAUGCAUACCGCAAAGAGAAUUUUAAGUUGCAAGCUAUGCUUUUCUGCACAAUCAAUGACUUUCCAGCGUAUGGAAACCUGUCUGGGUAUAGUGUCAAAGGACAUAAGGCAUACCCUAUUUGUGAAGAGAAUACAUGCUAUUAUCAACUUGUUCAUGGUAGAAAGAUAGUUUACAUGGGUCACCGGAGGUUUCUUGAUAGAUUUCACCCUUAUAGAAGAUUAAAAAAGGCUUUCAAUGGGCAACAAGACUAUAGAAAUGCUCCACAACCACGGACUGGGUUUGAAGUUUAUGAACGUGUGCAAGGUAUAAAUGUUACGUUUGGUAAGACUCAAAAGCUAAUAUCUCAAAGAGGUAAGAAGACAAAAACUAAUGUUGAGAUACGUUCAAAUGAAAAGAGUCCAUGGAAAAAAAAAUCUAUAUUCUUUGAUCUUCCAUAUUGGAAGACAUUAGAUAUGAGGCAUAGUAUUGAUGUGAUGCAUGUGGAGAAAAAUGUAUGUGAUAGUAUUGUUGGAACUCUUUUAGACAUAAAGGGUAAGACUAAAGAUGGACUCAAUGCUAGAUUGGACUUGAUUGGAAUGAACAUAUGA